CAAGAAGAAAGCUAUCAAGUCGAGUGAGGAAGCGAGACUCAAACAUAUUUCUGUGUGCAAAAAUCGUUUGUUUGAAUGUGAAAAUAUUUAUUUUUUAGGGGCUAGAUGUAAAUUUUAAAUAUACACAAUAGUUCAAACAAAUUUCAAAAGAAGGCGUGCAAAAUGCUUCCGCAAAAAAUUAAUUCUAAGGGAAAACGAUCAUCGAUUCUCAAGAAACGCCCGUCGGUUGGGUUGGGUAGUACGGAGUCCAGUCCGUCUGAAACUACUGGAUUGCAAAAAACUGCCAAACGGAUCGGAUUCAAUCCGAAAAAAUCAGUCAAAGAAUUUUUCGCUACCGAUGAAACCGCAACGGUUUGGUGCAAUUCGUACGAGCUAUCAGCGGAUGGUACGCCACCGCAUUUUACAAUAAAUGAAACCACACUAAAAGAUGACACUAAAACUGAACUUUCUCAAUCGACUCUCGUUGGCAAUUGUGGCCCCGACAAAGAGAACGUUAUCGAAACGCGAGGAAUUAGUCCGAAUAACAGCAGUAUAUGGAAUCUUUCGCUUUCGGGGUGUGAGGAGGAAAGGCGCCGUUUGAAAUGUGACACAACGGUGAACUCUUCAGUUCUCAAUGCCACGGAGAGACUGAUUCAAGAACCUACAGCGCCAAAGGCGAGAAUGGCAUUGCGACCCAAGCAAGUGGACAUAUUCACGGACUCGAUCGCAAUGGAUGUAAGCCCGGUAAAAUGCGAUGGCAAAACGGGUUCGCCUAGGAAAACAAUUUAUUUCCAUCCGAAGGAGAAUAUGUUCGUGACGAUAGACGAUGUUGUUCCUGUUGCGAAUCAAAAUCCUGCCAAGUCGUUAAAUGAUACAGAUAUUUAUUUUGCCCCGGAAGGAAACUUCCCUAGCGGCUCGAAAGCAAACGAUAGCCGGUCUAGUAAAAUCCUUUUUCAAAUCUCCAACACGUCAAUUCCUUGGCGUAACAGGUCGAUUCAAACAGAACCUAGGCCUUCGUUGGUAGCACCGGAUAAACAAUCAGUUGCAGUUAAUGCGGAUCUUUCAGCUGGUUGGAGUUCGCACGUAGCUGGACCCGGUGACUCAUGGAUCUCACGAAAGACAUUUGGGAACAGUCAGUUUGACAUAUCGGAAGCAUGGAAUUCUCAUCCUGCUGCGGCGCUCAAGCUUAAGUUGCUUCAGCAGGCAUCGAGCCCGGGUCAAAGCGGGCAACCGUUUUCCGAUGAAGGCGGAGGAAUCGGAACUAUCGAGGAUGCUGAUUCUACCAUCGCAAUCACCCGAACGGUGGCAAAGAUGCUGGGCCCGGGGUCAGCACCUAUUUCGCUGGAGAGUACUCGUUACGGCGAAGUGGACGAUAUGGUGAAUAAUAUCCACCAAGAAGCUAUGGAAACGUCGUUUGAGGCAGAUCACAACGGAAAAUGCGCCUCCGUAAAUAUCACUGCUUUUCCGGAAGAAUCCAUAACCGACGUAAAAAUUCCCUCAAAUGCUCUUAGCAGAUCGCGACCGUCGAUUAAUCCUUCAAUAAUUUUCCUGGACGAAAGUGUUUAUCCAUCUCAGGAAAUGAUUGUUUCUAGCCAUGGGCGUACGUCACAAACCAGGAAACCUAAGUUAGCGGUAACAAGUAGGAGUAACGCGUUUGACGUUCAAGAUGAUAUAAAUCAAGGUGUAGCUGGGAAUAACAUUACGCUAUUUGAUGUUUCAUCGAUAGGGAAAACUCUACCGCCGCUGCAUGGUUAUAGACGGACGAUUCUGGAUGAAGAAACAAUAAUAACUGACGAUCAGCUCCUGAAAAGUGCGGCAACAGCCUCCGAACUUCCUUCACCACGGCAUACAAGCUAUGAUGUUGGAAACGAAAAUCGUAAACCGCCAAGACAGACAACAUACGAUGGUUUCGAAAUGGAUGAAACAAAUUUGGACAAAGAAAAUCUAAAACCACAAAGAUAUACUACAUAUGAUUGUAUAGCAAUGGAUGAAUCAAAUGCUAAUAAGGAAAACCGUAAACUACCAAGGGAGACAACUUAUGACAAUUGCCAAAUGGAUGUAUCGAAUGCGAACAGGGAGAAUCAUAAACCGUCAAGACAAACAACAUAUGGUGGUUUCGAAAUGGAUGAAUCAAAAGUGGACAAAGAAAAUCUAAAACUACCAAGACAGACCAUAUAUGACUGUAUCGCAAUGGAUGAAUCAAAUGUUAAUAAGCAAAAUUAUGAAGCACCAAGACAAACAAUUUACGGCAAUUUCGAAAUGGAUGAAUCAAACGCCGAAAAUUAUAAACCACCAAUACAAGCAAUUCAUAACAAUUUCGAAAUAUAUGAAUCAAGCGUGAACAAGGACAAUCUUAAACCGCCAAGGCAGACAUUGUAUGACGGUUUAGAAAUGGAUGAAACAAAUAUGAACAAAGAAAAUCUAAAACCCCCAAGACAGACCACAUAUAAUUGCGAUACAAUGGAUGAAUCAAAUGCUAAUAAGGAAAAUUAUAAAGCGCCAAGGCAGACAAUUUACGACAACUUUGGAAUGGAUGAAUCAAAUGUUGAUAAGGAAAAUUAUACCCCUCCAACACAAGCAAUUCAUGACAAAUUCGAAAUAUACGAAUCAAACGUUACCAAGGAAAAUCUAAAACCACCAAGGCAGACAUUUUAUGACGGUCUCGAAAUGGAUGAUACAAACGUUAACAAAGAAAAUCAUAAACCAUUGAUUAAAAUGGAAGAGGUGCGUUUGGACUUGCCGGAUCUUGUAUUUGCCCGGAACAGUGUCGGAUUAGACCUUGUCCCCGAGGCGGCUCCUCAAUUGGAAUCGGGUAGGCCGAAAAUUCAUAGAAUUCCUCCUAGAGUAUUGAACCAUAAUUUUGGUAGUACGACGGAAAAUGUUGAAAAGAAAUCAAUUGAAAUAUUUGUCGAUUAUCCUGAUCAACCUGAACUGCAAUCUAAGAAGUUAGUUACCUUGAAAACGAUAGAUCUCACGAACGACGAUAGCCCGCCGAAGCAAUCUGAGGAAAGUCGAGGGCAGGUGCAGCCUCGGGGAACGAUUCAUCAUCCAGACAUGGCGAUCGACCUUACCGGGGAAGACGAAAAUAUUGCACAAUCAGUUAUGCGCAGAACGGAUCAUCGCCAGCUUGAUAUAACCACGGCAAGUUCUUCUAACACGCAGCAUUUGAUCAACAAUGUGACACUGGAAUCGUUGCCAACCAAAAAACAGGUUCGUUCAACGAUUCUGGUCGAUGAGCAGAUGGAGCUGUCUCCGGUGGAACGUCGUACAGGAGCGUCACGGAAGACAAUUGUUUGCAAUGAAUUAGUGAAACCAGAUGCCAAUACUCUAGAAAAACCACAGCCGCAGUUGAAAACGGAGAUUUAUGAUUCGAUAGAUCUGACGCAGGAUGACAACCCAGAGGAACAAGUUCCGGAAAGCUCGAAGCAGCACCCUCGAGAAACAAUUUAUCAGGAUUACACGAUUGAUGUUACUUGUAGGGAUAAAAAUGUCGCACAAUCUUCCCCAUCACGUAGAACCAAUUGUCUCCAGCCUGAUAUUUCGAUGGGAAGUCCUAUGUUCACGAGCUCUAGAAUAAAAAGAGAUACUAUUUUGACGACCGGAAUCAUGGAGAAUGAUGAGGACUUGGUGACGUUGCCUGUCAAUAAACAUCUGCAACCAACAAUCCUAUGCGAUGAACCAUUAGAGCUGUGCCCAAUGGAACCUCGUACUGGAUCGUUAGAAGAUCUUAGAAAAAUUCAAACGCGGAAAACAAUAGUUGUCGAUGAAACCAUGGAAUUCGUUCCGGCUAGUCCUCCUGUUUCCCAAAAAUGUACUCCACCUAAUAAUAGCAGAAAAACAAUGCUUCAGGUUGUUGACAUGGAACAAUCGCCCCCUAUUAAAAAUAAACCGAGUGGAAAAGCUGUGGGGGCAUCGCGGUUAACGGUUAUGGUCCCACAAAACAUGGAUGAAAGCAGUGAAGAUAUUUCCUCAACAAAUGCAAAUCUAGAGAAUAUGAUGCAUCAACGCAAAACCAUCUGCCUCGCGACUGAUAUGGAACAAAGUCCAAAGGAAGUGUCCGUUCAGAAAUUUCGACAAAACUACCGGGAAACCAUCUUAAAUCGUGAGAGUAUGGACCAAACGCUAUCUAGCAAUGCCCGCCCAGGAAUAUCACAAUCCCCGAAACACUCUUCACAGCGAGUGACAACAUACGAUGUAGAGGGUAUAGACGAAACUAGGUGUAUCAAUAGAACAGCUUCUCCGUUGCUUCAUUCCUCGAAACACAAUGAACACACGCGAUCUCCAGCUGCUCAGCGUUUGUCCAACCUAGGAUUGAAAUCAGAAGAAAUGAUUCUACAACCCCCAAUUAGACAAACCUGCUUCACGGUACAAGAUAUGGACCAGUCGAAUACCCCAGCGGUACAAACAGAGGAUGUUAACAUCGCGGGUAAACAAAUUCGACAAACAUUGUUCGAGCCAAUCGAUAUGGAAGAUACUAUUGCUUCACCCCAUCAUCGACUUGAAAUGUCAAUCCGUUUUUCAGAAGAGAAAUUACGUGAUAAACAAAGUACCGCCAUAAUUAAACUUUCUGAUUUUCGUCCGACAACUUACGCUGCCGAGAACAUGGAUGAAACGUUGUGUGAACCUAUUCAAGAAAAUUGUGCAACUUUGCAGAAGAUUGUCCAGCGUAGUUCAAGGCGCACAAAUGCUGAACCGUACGAUAUGGAGCAAUCAUUUCGAGCUGUUUCUAACAGGUGUGAUUCAAUGACAAGCAAAAUGCUGCAAUCAUCCCCGUUGCGGAAUGCAAGUAAAGUUGAUCAGAAGCUUAUGAAUUCUACUCGGCCAAGCAUUGUUCAUACAGCGCAUCUAGAACAACCGAACGUAGAUGAAAGUUUGAAGCUUCAAGUUUCAAAACAGUCUCCGGCUUCUAGACAAACUCUCUGCAACCGAUCGUGCCAAACGAGUUUCAAUGUAACUGGUUUCGAAAAAUCGAACAUAAAUCAAUCUCGACCAGUAGUAAAUGAGAAUGAUAAACCAGAAGAAAGCUGUCACAAAACUCGUAGAACUGUUUUCCCUGCGGAUGAUGUCGACGAAACAUGUUUGUCAAGACAUUUAGGUGCUGUCGAUAGUAGCAAUAUGAAUCUAUGCGCCAAUGUAACGUCAAAUAAAGCGCGACAAACAAUUUUCCCUCGGGACGAUAUGGAACAGACGACAGUUGAUAUUCAGCAGUAUUGCAAACCAGUACUAAAGAAUCGUCAAACUCUGCUAAUCGAGGACAACAUGAAUGAAACACUACUUAGACAACAAUCAGUCAAAUUCAACGGAACAGUCCUCCCGACGGAGACCACCAUGAGAAUAGCUGAAGAUGUCGAGGAAAAGGCAAAUGUAGAAAAUCCAACGAAUGAACAAAUAAAAAUUGUCAAUCGAAUGUCCAGCAAGGUGCGACAAACUAUAUUUCCUCGGGACGAUAUGGAGCAGACGACAGUUGACAUUCAGCAAUAUUGCAAGCCACUCCUUAAGAAUCGCCAAACUAUGCUGGUUGAGGAUAACAUGAAUGAAACAUUACCAAGACAAAAAUCAGUCAAAUUUAAUGGAGAAAUGCAGCCGAUUGAAACUGACUCCUGUCAAAACGGCAAUGUCGAGGAAGAAGAUAUGGUAAAACAUCCAACAAACAAACAUCUAGAAACAGAGCAGCAAUCAACGUCUACGAACAGAUCAACUCGAAAAAUUCUUACUGAAUCUUGUGAUAUGGAUCACUCCAUGCUUGUCAAUUCGAUGAACGUGUCGGUUAUAAAGUCACCUAAAUCUUUGAAACCUGCAGUGCAAUCGCGGAAAUUCAUCGAUAUUAGAGACAAUGCAGAUGAUCAAUCAGACUCCGCUAUUGACGUUGCGACUCCUCUAGAAGCCCAGCGCGAUGGUAAGACUGACUUUUCUUUCACAAUUCCCCAACUGCCUAGUGAUUCUAUGUUGCGAAGUACGGCUCUAAUUCCACAGAGUAGAGCGAACAGUCAAGGUUUAAAGGCCGUGACCAACAUGCUUCAGUCGGAUGAAGGCAAUGCAACCAUCACAGAUUUCUUUACAGCUGUGAAGGGAAUUGCCGGUCCAUCUGUCGCGAUGCAUGAUUUAAGCGAAAUUGCAGGACUUGAACCGGCAGCUGCCAAAGAGUUGCGGCCUAGCAGUUUCGCGAUACCCAUGGAAACAAUUACUAGCGUUGAGCUGAAGGAACUGAACGAGCCAUCCUUUUCGCAACCCACGUCACUUGCUGUAUCGGUUAUACAAGAAACGCCGAAAAAAGCUGGACCUAUGCCGGUGCGGCGCAGUCGAGGGACGAUUUUCGAUCGAAUGUCGAUGGAGCUUGAUGAGUCUGGACCCAUACAAUGUGAGCAGCCUCAUGUGGAGUCCGAAAACGAAGAGGACAAACCCGUCUCUGGUGCAAAAAUAGCAACGGAAAAUGUCCGUAAAGGUAUCGAGCAACUGAUAACUAACGGCCAUGACUCUAGCGAAGAAGAGUUUUACGAUGCUGAGGCAGAACAGGUAGAACAGAUCCCGAAAGUAGCGGAGAGACCUGUGCAUGUAGCUUGUGAAGAAAAGCGAAUUCUUAACGGCGAGAUUUGCGGAUAUCUGCAAUCAAAUCAAACCCAGCACAAACCAGACCAAACGAUGAACGUGUCGAUGUCUGAUCAAACCUCAGUUAAUUUGAAAACAUUGAACUUUGUUGACGUAGACGAGCUUGAGCAGACAACAAACCCAGCUCAAAAACGGCAACUCUCAAGAAUAUCGAAAUCCGUACUACAAGAACUGAAGCAGGAUCCGUUGAACGUAUCUAUCUCCGAGGAUUAUCCUAUGAAAAAGAGAAAAACCUCGAUUCGAUCACGAUCACCAGUAGCUCCCGAUGACGAAACUAAGCAUACUGCCAGUGACGAAAUUCCUGAACAGAGGCGCGAACCUCGAAAAUCAAUGAAACGAGUUACAUUCCAUCAAUCGGUCGCUCAGUCUCCUAAGGUAGAAGAAAACAUUCGAUCAUCGAUGGAAUCGGCAGAAGUAGUAGUACCAGAAAUAGAAACGGUUACUAUUAAAAAAGAACAAGAUACACGAGUCGAAAAUUACGAAAGUAACGCAGAGCAAAGCAGAAUGGGUUUCACAAUGCUCACAGAUCCUUCUGUGUUCAUCGUGGAAGAGAGCGACAUGUUGGCAAAUGAAUCCAAUGUUUCUUUAGUAAGUUCACCUAACGUACCGGAUGCUAGUUCGAGACACUGUACGUUAAAAGUUGAAGACACAUUCUACAAUGAGUAUGCUCACCUUACAGUGAACGUAGAUCAAGAGGACAGCGUAGAUUGUGUGACUAUAAGUGACGACUCAGUGACCGAGCCUGCACAAACGCCUGCGACAAUAGUAGCAGAGAAAAAGCCGUUGAAACUAUCAGAUCUCUCUGAACAAAUUAUGAAAACGCGACCCUCGAUAGAGCUGAACUCUACUGUUGCAAGCGAAAUUAUGUACGAGCUUCGACAGCAGGCGAUUGAGGCUAAAAAGCCAUGCUGCAGCUUCCGUAAUAACUGCCGGUGUCGGGAAAGGCGGACAGUUGCGACAGCAAAGCGAGAUAAUAUUUCCGAAAUAAGUGCAAGUUGGAGGAGUAAUUUCGAUCGGAUGUUGGGAAUGGUUGUUGAUAUUCCACCUUUUGAUUUACCAUUAAACGAUCGUCUGCAAGAAAUUAUGAAUCGCCCAGCUCCUGCCCUUUCACUGCCAUGUUUGGAACAACAGGCCGCCCAUCUGAUGACGACACCAUCUAUUUUGGGUCCUUGUGAGAUCAGUAGAAGAGUUGUGCCCUUUAGAGACGCCUCCCGCAAAGUGUUUAAUGCCUGCAACCUCCCUAGAACGCCCAGUGUGAUGAUACUUCUUGCUAACAAAUUGAAGUCGGAACGUUACCGUUGGUUCUUGGAUGCUACCAAUGAAUGUCGGACGUACCUAACACUGCGACAUACAGUACUGCGGACAGUGCAGUUCAAAGUUUCACUUCAAAAACCACUGCCAUGGUAUGGUAACGAUGAUGACGUUCGGAUAACAGGUCUCGAAUGUAUGCAAUGUGUCGAGCGGCUAAUUCCGUCUCCUAGGCUUUUGCUGGCGCAUAACGAAUUCAUGCUAAUAGUACAGCAAACAAACUUAACUCAAUUAAUUUCGCACUGUUUGUCUUUAGCGAAGUUGAUAAGUCUAGUUAAUCAGUUGAAUGCCCUUGUUGAGCAGGCCUUGAGACGGGUGGACCAACUGUAUCGAAUUGUUAGGAACAAUGGAGCUCUUCUAGAAAUACUUGGAGAUUCUUCUCGAUUGCGCGUCUUUACUGUGUAUGAGUACGAAAGGGAUGAAGCAAUUCACUGGAACAGAGCGUCUGUACAAUUCGACACCAUCGAUCGAAUAGAUCGAAGCUGUGUGUCGUUUCAUAAAAAUUCGCCCCACGAAGAUGCUCUAUUUCCAACGGAACCGCAAUGUGGUCGGGCAGGUGCUCGAGGUUUAGUGUUUUUGGAGUGUUUGUUGUGGAACAUCGAGAAAUCGUCCAUCGAUUCUUGAGAAGGUAUCCUGCGAGGGGAAUCGCGUUAUUUGUAAAUUGUAGUACAUAUCUAUUAGUGUUUUAACUGUAAGUCUAAAUAUAUAGACUCUUAGCAUUGUGCUUAGACUCUGUUCUAAAUAGAAAUUCUGCUUUAUUCCGGUUUUAUAAACAUGAA